UAAGCCUUAAAUUUGGGGAAGAAGGAAAAUUAUUUUUGCAGAAAGAGAGAGCAUCUAAAGCUUCUUGCUUCCCAAGCUUUCUCUGACUAAUCCAUCGGAACUUCCACCUCCGACCACCAAGAAUGGCUGACAGUGAAGAUGCUGCCCGUCGUCACACUGCGGUCAAUGAUUACCGCAAGAAACUCCUUCAGCACAAAGAGUUAGAUGCCAGAGUCCGAUCUCUGAGGGAGAAUUUGCGAGCUGCAAAGAAGGAGUUUAACAAAACGGAAGAUGAUUUGAAGUCUCUGCAGAGUGUUGGUCAGAUUAUUGGAGAAGUUCUCAGGCCACUUGACAAUGAACGCUUGAUUGUCAAAGCAAGCAGUGGACCUCGGUAUGUGGUUGGAUGCCGCAAUAAAGUUGAUAAGGAAAAAUUAACAUCUGGUACUAGAGUAGUUCUUGAUAUGACAACACUCACCAUUAUGAGGGCUCUUCCACGUGAAGUAGAUCCUGUUGUGUAUAAUAUGUUGCACGAAGAUCCUGGUAAUGUUAGCUAUUCUGCUGUGGGUGGCUUAUCUGAUCAAAUUAGAGAACUGAGGGAGUCCAUUGAGUUACCUCUAAUGAAUCCUGAGCUUUUUCUUAGGGUUGGCAUCAAACCCCCCAAGGGUGUGCUUCUGUAUGGCCCUCCUGGUACUGGCAAGACAUUGUUAGCAAGAGCCAUUGCAAGCAACAUAGAUGCCAACUUCUUAAAGGUUGUAUCAAGUGCCAUAAUUGAUAAGUACAUUGGAGAAAGUGCGAGGUUAAUACGAGAAAUGUUUGGAUAUGCACGUGAUCACCAGCCCUGCAUCAUUUUUAUGGAUGAGAUUGAUGCCAUUGGUGGGAGGAGAUUCAGUGAGGGAACAAGUGCUGAUCGUGAAAUUCAGCGAACAUUGAUGGAGUUACUUAAUCAGCUUGAUGGUUUUGAUCAACUCGGUAAGGUCAAAAUGAUAAUGGCUACUAACAGGCCAGAUGUGCUGGACCCUGCACUUCUUCGGCCAGGGCGAUUGGACCGCAAAAUUGAGAUUCCAUUACCUAAUGAGCAAUCCAGAACGGAGAUUCUUAAGAUUCAUGCAGCUGGAAUUGCCAAGCAUGGUGAGAUCGACUAUGAAGCUGUUGUAAAGCUUGCAGAGGGAUUUAAUGGAGCUGAUUUGCGUAAUGUCUGCACUGAAGCUGGAAUGUCAGCUAUUCGUGCCGAACGUGACUAUGUCAUCCAUGAAGAUUUCAUGAAGGUAACAUUUUCUUUCUAUAGUAGUCUUUACUCAUUGCAUUGCAACAGAACCCUACAGAGAGAUAGCCUUUUCUUCUCACUCGCUUUCAUUAUCUUUUUUGAUGUUCAGGCUGUAAGAAAAUUAAACGAGGCAAAGAAACUCGAAUCCAGUGCGCACUAUAGUGCCGAUUUUGGGAAGGACUGAGCGAUGUAUUUUAGUCUUGAUAGCCAAAAUCUUUGCAAGCAUAACAUUUUCCUUCCUAGGGAAACGAUGCACUCUUGGGAUUCAUGCAAAAUUGAGCUUUUCCUGGUAUCACUGGUGUUUUUCUUAGAACUAUAGGAACUUUUUUGUAUCUGAUCACAGAUGAUGAAGAACAUUCAUGAAAAUCUAGCCAUUCUUCCUUUUCUUAUUUAUUCCCCUGUGCUUGUGGGCUUAAAAUAGAUUGUUCUUCACACUGCCUUAACUUUUCUUAUUAAUGUACUCACAUCGACAAGUUAUAAAGCUGAAGAUGAAAUCGUUCAUUGUGAUUUUCA